AUGCCCUAACAAGAGAAAGUGUAUCCGAGCACAGAGAAUAGUGUGUUCCCUGUCAUGAUGAUUAGAAGUUCUAGACGCGCCUUGAUGUGGCGAUGAUUUUCGAUCCCAUUCAAUUAUCACAACUCCCUUUAUCAUGGAUCUAGACACAGGAUAGUCGGCUGCUUCAAUGGCUUCUCGAGUUCUCUCGUACGGUAUACUUAUUGGCCAAUCCCUGCCUGUUAACAUAUAUAUAUAUAUGGCUUUCACUACCCUCUGCAGGCAUCUCUGGGUGGAACCAUUCUGAGGCGUCUCUGCCGGCGAACGCGGGAAACAAUUGUCGUAAUUUUGGAGAGCAUGAUAUGUCGCAGAAUGGGCUCUCAUGACCCAAGAGGCCAGCCACCACCACGAGGACAGAAAAAUUGGCCGCCACGGCGAAACCCGAGUGAUCAGGCGAAGAUCCUGCAGCUCCCGCGAAAAGACUCCGAAGAUGAUGAUAACCAGCCAGAAAAGUCUCAUAAGUCACCAGCUUUCGACGCAAUAUAGUCGGCUGCGUAAAUAGCUCCUCAGCGGAGAGUUCGUCUGUGCGGUAUGUUCGAUUCGGUUACCACGCCUUGUAUUGAUUGUUUGGCGAAAGGUUUAGAAGAAGGCGGGUACGUCGCUCGUCAUCUUCAUCGUGCAGCGAAGCUGCUAACCCAAGUCGGACGAUGGCAG